AACUCUACAGGAGUCAUGAAUAUCCAAGAAUACGUCAAGUAUCUUAUUUGUUUAUUAGUCAUCACCAUCACUAGUUCAGUAUCUCCAACUGGUUUGGUUGAAGCAACAAGAGUGCAACGUGGAGUAUUAGAUUGGCUGUCGUCUGUAUUUAGACCUUGCAAAGGAUGUUUGUGUGGAAGAUCAAAUCGUAACACUGCAAGAUUUAUUGGAGGUGAAACAACAUACUCUCAUGAGUUUCCAUGGCUUGUAAAUAUUUAUUCAAAAACUGGAAACCAAGUCAGUGGAGCGUUGAUAAAUGACCGCUACGUGCUAACUGCAGCAAGUCAAAUUAUAGACUCAGCUGCACACGAAAUAAAAGUUUCUCUAGGUACAUACGAUCGUUGUGAUAUUGAUAUUUCUACAGUGAAUUCAAGUGUCGACACCAUUAUUAUUUAUCCAGAAUAUGUUGGAGAAACACAUGCCCAUGAUUUAGCGUUAAUUAAGCUAAGUCGACCGAUUAAUAUUGAAAAGAGAAUUGCUCCAGUUUGUAUGCCUAAUCCGAAUUCAACAUAUCUUGGUCAAGUAGGAACAUUUGCAGGAUGGACUGAAGCUCCUAAUAGUGAGAAAACGUUUGCCUGCUUACCACGCAAAAUUGGAUUACCUAUCCUAAGUGGUAGAGAAUGCAUUAAAUCUGGAGUUGAAGCAAACCAUUUCCAUGAUGAUUCCGGGUGUAUUGGUGUACUUGGCAGUAAAUCAAUUGUUUGCAACAAUGAUGUAGGAACUCCUGUUCACUACCGAUCAUACAAUGGAAUUUAUGAUCUAAUUGGAUUGUUAUCAGACGGUAAUGUAUGUGGUGAAACUGCAACAAAGACAGCAGUUUUCACUAGAUUAGGCCCUCAUCUUCAUUGGAUUCUUCAAAAUACCAAAGAUGCUUGCUACUGUUCUAGAUAAUUAUUUAUAUUAUACAUACACAAGUUAUACAUUAAUUAUAUUGACAUUAAUGAAAUGAACUAAUUUUUC